AUGUCCAGGGUACUUCCUGCCCCGGCCGCGGCAGGAGGAAGCCAUGGAAGCUACUAUCACCACAACCACUCUCACUCCCAGCCCAUGCUGUCGCCUGCCAAAGAAGCCUCGACGCACAACCACUCCCACUUGCCCACCAGCAAUGGCAACGCCGCCAAGCACCUCGCCUCCAAGGGCAGUCUGGACGGCAGCUUGCACACCCUCAAGGAGAGCAGUCGAGAGACGAGCCCGCUAGCCUCGCCGUACCGAGAAGACGACCACCCACCUUCGUUUGAACAGAACCUGUCGGCGGGCCGGCCAAGAGGAGAGUCGGAUCUGGGCCGGCCAGCAUCGUCGUACACCAGCGUAGUGAGAAACCUACCAGCGGCUUCGGCUUCAUGGUUCUCACUACCAGAGGCCUUGACAAGCUUGUUGAUACCAUUGCCGUAUAUGUUCGCAUCCGUGGCAUAUUGCAACCAUGGUGGCUUUGUCGAAGAUGGCCUCCCUCCUCUUUCCGCAUAUGCCAGGCUGCAAAAGUCGGUUCUGGAUGAGGAGCUUCCUUCGAGGCAGCUGUUCGAGAAGACGGGAUGUGGGUUCGUGGAAGCUUGCACAUUGACCUCAGGCACACUCCUGCUGGUUGGGAUACUGGCCAAGAUUCGAUCCUCAGAGCGAAUGCUGGACCGACGAAAGGACAAGCCGGAGCCUUCACCAGUCGUUAGUGACCUGCUGUCCACUGGAUCGCUGCGGAAGAUCGCCCUUCGAUCGUUGAGCGUUGGCCUGCCCUUCUACGCUUCGUUGCAGAUUGGAGGAAUGCGAACUGGACUUGUUCUGUUAACAACAAUCGCAUCCAACAUAACCAACCCACAAACCCCGUCCAGUCUGACUGGACUCGAUUGGAAACACGUCGUGAAGUCCAGGAUAGGCUCGAUAUCGAUCAUCGUCAUUGCCCUGCUUCUUGACUUCACUGGCAUCACCUUCAGAGCAUCGACUGUUGAUCUGCUGCUUGGAUACUCAGCGCUUUUUGGUUCGCUCUUUGUAAUUCAGCCUCCCUUACCGGCCGUUUUUACGCCCUCUUCAAAUAUCGCAAGCUCUUCGACACCGACUACAAUGCGAUCGCCUUGGUCGCAGCCGGCCACAUCACCUCUAGUGUCUUCCAUCCAGGAUGUCAAUACGACCCUUACAGCCGGUGUAUUGAUGUCUUUGAUAACGCUCAUAUUCUCCUUGAUCUUCUCAACAUCGCCACCAAUCACGCUCUCGGCCAUAGCGUUCAGCACUCUCUCUCUAGGUACUUCCGCCGCGGCGAUCCUCUAUGCUCGACCCUCUGCUCUUCGCGGCCCCCACAAAGCUGGUCUUGGGCUCGGCUGCUUCGCGAUUGCAGCCUGCGCGUUUCUCUUCUCCCCGUCUUUGUGGCCUGGAACUAUUCUGAACGGCGGCCUUUCUGGAUUGUCUUACUUCGGCGUUCUGUACGAUACAUCGUCGGCUGCGGCGCAUAGACAUGAUGAUGAACAUUCUCACGAACACGCACAUAACGCCGACACACACCACCACCAUCACCCUGCGGACGGCUCUUAUUCAUGGUUCACAAAACAAUUGAUGCAACGAUGCGAGCCGGGCUCUCUUGUUUAUGGUAUUCUGAGCGAAAAGGACUCCCGCCGCAUCGCGUACUUUACAUGCUUGAAUUUUGCUUUCAUGUUUGUGCAGGGUGUUUACGGAUACAUUAGUGGCUCGCUUGGUUUAUUGAGCGACACUGUGCAUAUGUUCUUUGAUUGUUUAGGCCUUGUCGUUGGACUUGGCGCGGCAGUGGCCUCGAAAUGGCCGACAAGCCCAGAGAGACCGUACGGCUGGGGAAAGCUCAACACCCUCGCAGGCUUCGGCAACGGCAUCUUCUUGAUGCUCGUGAGUAUUGAGUUCAUCUGGGAAGCAGUGGAAGGCAUGGUCGAGGGUAAGGAGCUUCGCCAUGUUCAGGAGCUACUCGUAGUCAGCACGCUGGGCUUCGUAGUCAACAUGAUCGGGCUCUUUGCCUUUGGACACGCGCAUGCUGGACACGACCAUGGACAUGGCCACUCACACGGCGGACACUCGCAUGAUCACGCUCACGAUCAUUCGCAUAGCCACGACCACAGCCAUGCGAACCAUUCGCACAAUCACUCCCACGACAGCGACCAUUUGCACCAUGGACAUAGCCACGCCCACGAACACAACCAUUCUCACGCACCCGCUGCUCAUUCGCACGAUCAUGGCCACGACCACCACAAUGAGAAUAUGCAUGGUAUCUUUCUGCAUGUGGCAGCCGAUGCUGGCGGCUCCUUGGCCGUCAUUCUAAGCACUGCCAUGACGCUGUGGAAGCCCUGGUAUCUCUGGGACCCCUUGGCAACGAUUAUCAUCGCCAUCUUGAUCUUCGCAGCAGCUGUACCUCUAGUGACAUCUUCAGGCCAGAAGCUCCUUCUCGUCAUCCCCGACCAGCUCGAAUACAACAUCAAGAACACUCUCCAAGAACUUGGCGAGUUGCGCGGCGUGGUAGGAUACGCUGUACCGCGAUUCUGGCUGGACGAUAAGGAAGAUGCUGCAGACUCACAUGGACACCAUCACGGACAUGACCACGGGCCAUCGCCCGGCAAGGACAAAGUCACCGGUGUUAUCCACAUCAUUGCGAACCCCAACGCGGAUGUGGACGAUGUGAGGCAUCGAGUUGACGAGUUUGUAAGAGGAAGGAACAUGGAUCUCGUUGUACAUGUGGAAAGAGAAGGUGACGGUUCAUGUUGGUGUGGUGGAGCCAGUGCUGGAUGGAAUGGAUCGGAUACCUUUCCAAGAGUAGUCAAAGCGUAG